GGGCCAAAAACACCUGUGGACGUAGUUGAACAGGUUUUUGAUAAAAUUGAAUUUAUCAUCCAACGCACUCAUGUUUCAGAAACCAAUCAUUUUCUCCGUUUGAUUCAAUGCUCACACAAAAGGAGUAAUAUGCAAAACCUUCUUUCAUCUGUUUCCCCUUCAUCUCUUCAGGCUUAUACACUCCUUACUCAAACUCACACUUAUCUUCGCUACAGAGUACGCAAGCAUGGUCUGCUUAAGCCUAACCGUGCUGUCAAACAGCAAAGCCAAACUAGUGUAAGAACUUCAUGGCCUAGCGUAUCACUUUCGCUUUUUGGUGCAGGCUUCUUAUUUGGUCCACUGCUCGAUGGACUCCAUUCAAGAGUCGAGCUUGUCGUGUACAAGUCCGGGUCUAUUGACAUUGGUCCACUCCAUACAAAUAUAUGGGUACCUCCAUUGCUGGGAUUGUUUUACUGCUCAGUUGGUUUGCUUCAACUCUACCUCGACGAGAAGGUCUUAAACAAGGUUCAAGAGGGAAGUUUAUCAAAAACAAUUACCUCCCUGAUAUUACUGGCGCUGUUCAUAGAAUUGAGUGCUGAACUAUACAAAGCGGGAAUAGCAGACAACAUUGAGGCCUAUAUAUUGUUUGCUGCAGCAGAGUUCCUAUGGUUUUUGUUGGAUAGAACACAGCCAGGCUUCACCCUAGCAUGCCUUGUUGGAUUUGCUUGUCCAAUAGCUGAGAUACCCUUGAUGAAGUUCCUUCACCUUUGGUACUAUCCUCAAGCCAAUAUUGAAAUCUCUGGCCAGGGGCUAGUUACUUGGACACUCACUUGCUACUUUGUGUACACGCUGUUCUUAAUUAAUUUGUCAAGGUGGUUCAGAACAGUUUACACCACUCAAACAGAGGAGUCUGAUGCAUAAAACAUUACAAUGUGACAUUACCGUUAUUCUAUUAUAAUGAAUAUGACCAAAUAACAGAUAUUAAUCAUACAUUAUCCAAAGGCAUUCUAGUCUAACUUAAACGAGGGAAGUAAUGUUUUGGUUUAGAUGCACUUCUAACUUCCCUAUUUAUUUUAAAA